CAUCAACAUACGAUGCUUUUGUAUGUCGGGGCCAUCGCAUAAACGUCUAUCCGGCAGCGCUGACUGCUUCAGCUGCCACCGGAUAGCCGUUUACGGUGCCCCGUGUGCUCCUGUGAUGGUCUCCUACCUGUCCGGCGCGUCUUCUUCAGGAUCCCCUCCAUCGCCGGCGCUCUCCUUUGUCGUCAUCACAUCGCCAUGCAUGCCCUCCCGUCAUCCAAUAUGAGCGGCGUGCGUAGUGACGUGAUGACGGCGACGGAAAGAGAGAAUCCCGGGGAAGAAGACGUCCGGAGCAUCGGGGACGCGGUGACAACGAUGGACGGCGACAUCCAGGGCAGCGGUGACGGUCCGGAGCGGCGGGGACAGAGAACAGUGCUGAGGUCUCUCCAGGUUCCUAUAAGGUGUCAGGACGUGGCGGUCUAUUUCUCCAUGGAGGAGUGGGAGUAUGUAGAAGGACACAAGGAUCAGUACAAGGAUCAGGUGAUGAUGGAGGAUCAGCAGCCCCUCACAUCAGCAGUCAGAUCCAGUAAGAGAACAGCAGCAGAGAGGUGUCCCCGUCCUCUUCUUCCACAGGAUCAGGAUCAGCUUAUGGAUCAGGGUAAAGAUCUGAACUAUAUUAAUGCUACGGACAUAAAGGAAGAAGAGACAUAUGUGAGCGGUGAUGAUCAGUAUAAGGAGGACAUUCCUACAGGGAAAGAUAUGAACUAUAUUAAUGCUACAGACAUAAAGGAUGAAGAAGAAGAGACAGAUGUAAGCGGUGAUGAGCAGUAUAAGGAGGACAUUCCUACAGGGAAAGAUCUGAACUAUAUCAAUGCUACAGACAUAAAGGAAGAAGAGGAGGAGAAAGAUGUGAGCGGUGAUGAGCAGUGUAAGGAGGACAUUCCUACAGGUAACCCCCAAGAUUCUUGUACCAGGAGAUCAGAGGAGAAUCUUAUAUCUUCAUAUUAUAAAGCAGAUGAUGAUAUCACACAAGAUACAUAUGAAGAACAUUCCAUUAUCCCAGAUACACCCUCAGCCCUUCACAGACAAGAUCUGUCAUCUCAUCCUGUUAUACCCGUCCUGUCUACUGAUCCAUCACAGGCUGUUAAGUCACAUCUUGUUGAGCAUCCGAGAAUUCACACAGGGAAGAAACUUUUUUCCUGCCAAGAAUGUGGGAAAUGUUUUAUUUUCAAAUCAGAGCUUGAUAGACAUGUGAGAAUUCACACAGGGGAGAAGCCAUUUUCAUGCCAAGCAUGUGGGAAAUGUUAUACUAUCAAAUCACAUCUUGUUCGACAUCAGAGAACUCACACAGGGGAGAAGCCAUUUUCAUGCCAAGAAUGUAGGAAAUGUUUUACUAUCAAAUCAUAUCUUGUUGCACAUCAGAGAACUCACACGGGGGAGAAGCCAUUUCCAUGCCAAGAAUGUGGGAAAUGUUUUACUACGAAAUCAUAUCUUAUUGCACAUCAGGGAAUUCACACAUGUGAGAAGCCCUUUUCAUGCUCAGAAUGUGGAAAAUGUUUUAUUCUCAAAUCAGAACUUGAUAACCAUGCAAGAAAUCACACAGAGAAGAAGCCAUUUUCAUGCCAGGAAUGUGGAAAAUGUUUUAUUUUCAAAUCACAGCUUGAUAGACAUGUGAGAAUUCACACAGGAGAGAAGCCAUUUUCAUGCCAAGAAUGUGGGAAAUGUUUUACUCAGAAAUCACAUCUUGUUGAACACCAGAGAACUCACACACAAAAGAAGCAGAUUUCAUGACCAGAAUGUGGAAAAGUUUGUGUUUGUUAAACAAUUUUAUUUGGCGGAGUAAACAUGUGUGCGUUUUUUGUGACUUUUCAUCUACCACACACUCAAUUUGGGUCCACUGGAUGGUAAUUUAUGUGAAGUGCGACUUGAAAAGUAAAAAAAAAAAAAGGAAUGGUGUCCCAUUUUUGUUGUGUAAAUCGUGUGGAAAAAAUGUAUUUUAUGGACAUCAGCGAUGUGGAAAUCCUAUCGCCCGACGCCCGGGACAUGUAGUUCCGGGCAGCGGGCAGGUGAAAUUUUCAUAGAUUUAUCCCUGUAUCUGGCUAGCAGGGACAGACCGACUUCCCCCUUAUUUUUAUUUAAUGCCGGUGUGAGGCGCAAGAGCGGAUGCAAGUCUGCACCUCACA